AUGCUCCCUCUUAUUCUCGUCCUCCUUCUGAAAUCAUCUUCUGCGCUUGGUCAGCUAACGCCCUCACCGACAUAUUCCCCUCCGACCGCUUCGGCAGGUUUAGUUGCUUCGACUUCCACACCCAAUACCCAGUGGUCAAAUGUACUUGGGAACUCAUUAUACUUUUACGACGCUCAGAGGUCAGGUAAAUUAGAUCAGGGAACUUAUGGGAAUAGGGUGGAAUGGAGAAAUGAUAGUGCUUUGAAUGAUGGGAGUGACUGGAAUUUAGAUUUAUCUGGCGGUUGGUAUGAUGCUGGAGAUUAUAUCAAAGCUACUUUCCCGUUGUCGUUCACUCUCACUGCUUUAGCAUGGGGUGCUCUGACUCACGGAGAGGGAUAUGAUCAAGCUCAACAAACCGCUUAUUUAGAUGGUACAUUGAGAUGGGGUUACGAUUGGCUAAUUAGAGCACAUCCCUCAGAUGAUGUACUUUUCGUACAAGUCGGAUCAGGCGACGUAGACAAUAGUUACUGGGGAGGAGACGAGAACAUACCCACACCUCGACCUGGGUACCCCAUCAAUUCCUCUCAUCCAGGUACAGAUGCAUGGUCUUCUACAGCAGCAGCAUUUGCUCUUGGAUCAAUGUUAUAUUCCCCCUCCAUAUCGUACAAUGUCACUUCAACAUCUUCUCCACCCACUUCACCUUCUUUAUCCAACUCAACAUAUUCCUCAUUACUCCUGUCGCACGCCAAAACGCUCUACGCUACGGCCAAUAACACUUCACCACGUUCAACGUAUUACUCAUCUUUAGGCGAGAGCGUCGCUGCGUAUGCUUCAUCAAAUUGGCAAGAUGAUCUAACACUCUCAGCUUUAUCCCUAGCUGUCGCAACUAACGAUUCAACGUAUUAUGCAGACGCAUAUAACUAUUAUGUAACAUACGCUCUUUCUGGUCUGAAGGAAGUGUGGAAUUGGGAUUCUGUGAUCCCUGCUAUAUACGUCUUAUUCGCCGAAACAGCAAUCACAAGACCUCAACUAGCUAAAGGUGCAGGUUUAGAUACAAACUUGACUGGUUGGCGAACAGAAACGGAAAAUUACUUUGACAGUAUCAUUGAUGGAACUUUUAAGCGGAGUUAUUUGACUAAAGGUGGAUUACUCUACGUUGACGGAGAUUCAGACGAGGCUUCACUCAAUCCAGCAAUGGCAAUAGCUAUGCUCAUGUUCAAGUAUGCUCCUAUCGCUUCCAGUCAACAGAAGACAGAGGAAUAUAACGACUUUGCUCAAAGUCAAUUAUCCUAUAUGUUGGGUAACAAUCCGAUGAAUGCUGUAUACUUGGUCGGAUCACAUCCUAAUUCACCUCAGAACCCUCAUUCAGCUCCGGCAUCUGGCGGGACAAACAUAAAAGCAAUCAGGACUUCUCCCGCAACAGAAGCGCACGUCAUAUACGGUGCGAUGGUGGGAGGGCCUUUGUCAGAUGAUAAAUUUUGGGAUUGGAGAGAUGAUUGGGCACAGACUGAAGUUGCAUUGGAUUAUAAUGCUAUGAUACCUACUCUAGCAGCUAUGCAGUUGUUGAACGAGACUUCUGAUCCUCAUUACGUUUCUAUUCAAGCGGGAACAUAUUCUAUACCGUCGGGUCAACCUUGCGAUGCAGCUCUGCCGUGUGAAGGCAGUGGAGGAUUGUCGAAGGGCGCGAAAGCAGGUAUUGCAAUUGGGGUUAUCCUCGGUGUGCUACUUAUCGUAGCCGCGAUAUGGUGGUGGAAGAGAGAAAAAAUAGCUUCAUGGUGGAGAAAAGGUUACCGAAGAUGA